CAGGCCUUCCAUCUGUUUUUCUUUUUCUCCUGCAAGACAAAACUCAGCGCAAACACACCGAGGCGACGACUUUACUGUGACGUCAUCAUCGUGCGCCCCAUCUCCUGUUUAUCCACCGUCAUUCGUUGCUGGCAGUCCUGGGCCUUUUGGAUAACGAGUCUCCGAGCCUCUUAUCUGUGCAGUGUGUGGGGGUGAGUGGGUCUCCGCCUUCACCUGCUGUGGUCGAACGAUUUAGGUCCAACGAACCGAGCUCGAACCCGAACAUCAUGGACACCGGUGGCGACACCAGCGAGGAGGCGACGGGCUCCUCCACCAUGUCUGCGGCGCAGCGGAGGGCAGAGAUGCGGAGGAGGAAACUGCUCCUGAACUCCGAGGACAGGCUCAACAGAAUCGUGGGCUUCGCCAAAAACGGUUCCGACAACAACGGAGCUUCCCGGCGUCCUGCAGAGCCUCGUUUCCAUCUUGACCUCGACAGGACGGAGCCGUGGUCCCCGUCCUCGUCUUCUCAGAGGCCGUCUCCCUUCCUGCCAGAAUCGUCGGCGCUCAGCAGCCUGUCUCACACCGCCACUCCAGAGAGGAGGGGCUCGCCUCUGCCGGACUGCAGCGAGCCGCCGCCGGCCGUGGAGGAUGACGUGGGCGCUCUCAGGCAGAGACUGAAGGGGGAGCGGGCGCCGUCGGACAACAUCAGCGGCUCCCCGCGCAGGGGCCUCCAGAACUACCUGUCUCGCUUCGAUGACGCCAUGAAACUUCGGGGUCAGCUGGCCAGCGAGAAGCCGACUCAGGACGGCGGCGUUGAAACGGAGGAGUUCGAUCCCUUCAGAGUCUUCAGGCUCGUCGGCAGCAUCCUUCUCGCCGUGUUUGUCAGGAUGUUUGUCUGCAAGUAUCUGUCAAUAUUUGCUCCUUUCCUGACCCUUGAACUGGCGUACAUGGGAUUAUCCAAAUACUUUCCAAAAGUUGAGAAGAAGACCAAGACCACCGUGCUGACCGCCGCCCUGCUGCUGUCGGGCAUCCCCGCCGAGGUCAUCAACCGCUCCAUGGACACCUACCGGAGGAUGGGGGACGUCUUCUCCGACCUCUGCCUGUACUUCUUCACCUUCGUCCUUUGUCAUGAGCUCUUGUUGCUCUGCGGCUCAGAGACUCCUUAACUCAUAAGGAGCCCCGUUAGCCCUCUUGUUGCCCCCUUCUUUUGUCCCACAUCAUCAAGGCUUCAUUGUCUGCUCCCUCUGGUGGUGGCGUUUGUUGUUGUCGACAUUCUGGAGACGGAUCCCUCGCCGCCUUAUAUUGAGGGUCAGACGUGUUGGUAGUUUUUACGCUGAAGAUGAGGAGUUUUUUUUUGUUUUGUGUCUUGGGGGUUUGUGCAAACAUUUGCAAUAUUUGUUGCACUUAUUAUUUAUUUGAAUUUUCCCGACAGCCUGAAUUUAAAUCUGAAGAAUCGAAUCUAUUUCUGGAACAAACAUUGGAGCAGCCACUUUCAUUUAGCAAACAAACGGGGAUUUUUAUGUUCCACCUAAACACCUGACAGGCUCAGCUUUUUCAUUUACUUUGUGGCAAAAAAAGAAAUAAAAUGAUGAAUCCAGCAUCAUUUUUAGACAUCAGUUCCCUCCCAAAACAUUUUAUGUUUUACUUUUCUGUCUUCAACACUAUUUUUCACCUUCAGAAACAUUGUUUACACAUUUUUUUAAAUGACAAAUGUAUUUGUUAUUUGAAAAAAAGAAUAAGCUUGAAUUAAAAAAAAAUGCACAUUUGAAAUUCUUGCAGAAACUCAAAUGCAGGUUGUUGUUUUUUUCCAGUUAGUUUCUGACUGUUGGUGUCCAGGCCGAUGGUUUUAAACUCGGAUUCACUGCAGGUUUGACAUCAUCUGCAUCUUUGUGAAAUAGCUCUGAAAGCAUUUUCACUCUCUUUUUUAAUACAAUUAUAAAUAGAUUGCAUCACUACGAGGCUUUGUUGUGACAAGAUUCCGUGCAGCCUCUGACACCAGCUUCUCGUCUGCUCUGUGACUUUUCCGUUUUGAAUCGAGAACCAUCGGAAAACCCUAAAGAAGAGAAAGUGGAGAAGGUGGUUCAAUUCAGGAGAAUACACAUGUGUGGAGUCCUCUUUGAGCUCGUCACACCUCCUGAGCUUUUUUAGUGUGUGGAGAUCUACUGGUUCAGUCUGGAGGGAUGUUGCUGCUUCAGUCGGGCAUCUCAUGAACUUGAACUCUCUGUUACCUGAUGGAUGGAAAGUAUUUGUCUGAAUGGCGGUGCUUUAAUGUCCUCGCUAUUCUGCUGUCCAGUAUCCAGGGGUCCACCUCCAUGAUGACCAGUGUGUGUUUUGUUGGAUUCUCAAGAAGCAUUUAUAGAAAUGUGUAUAAACUCAAAGUUGUGUUAAGAUUUAGACCUAAAUCUUCCGUUGUGUAGUGAGAGGGAGUUUUGUGAGCAUAUUUGUGUUUGGUUUUUUUUGUGACAUGUUCUGCUUUGCUGCGAGACUCAAAGUUUUUAUAAAGCGCUUGCAGCACGUUUCUCCAGGGUCAUGUCAAGCCUCAAACUCUACUAGAACUUCAAAUAAGUUAAUUUAUUGUUGUGUGUGUUUAUUUUCCUGUAAAUGAAUCUGUGAAUUAAAUAAAUAAAACAUCAAGGCUGAUUGUAAUAUUGUGUCCGCUCUGAUGCGGUUGGUUCAUACCAAAUAAAAACUGUGUUUAAAAUACA